UUAAUACCCAUUUUCUGUCACAUGACUUUCAAAUUAAACAUGGCGAUCCUGCCACUUCUUUUGCCAAAGAAACUCGUAUUUAUCUAAGCCUUGUGGAGUGUUUCUGGACCUCUUGAUAAUCUGGGGCUCAAGUUGUACCUAUUGUCUGUAGGAUAAAGGUUUUAACAAACUUUGUACCACCAUUACUAUGUUUUAGAGAUUUUGUUUUGUUUUAUUAGAGAAUGAAUUUUUAGCACAGAUUUACAAUUGUUUCUAUAUAAUCGCUAUAAAUUUGAAAAAAUGGCAGAGCGAAAGAGAAGAGAUUUCAAAGAAGAUGACUCAAGUGCUCCACGCACGAAAAGAACUCGUUAUGAUUAUGAUCGCGAUUUUUAUUCCUUGCCCCAAUACAACAAGCCUAUUUAUCACCAUAGAUAUGACUUACGAUCGAUUGAGCAUAGAAAACCUGUCGACUACUACUCUUCCCAAUCUUCAGUCAAGACGAAAAUAACUGCCACUACCACCAAGCAAAUGUGCACCCGCUCAUCGACGCAAUCCAUGCUCCCACUAGAAACCAGAAACGCUCACUCGUAUUCCAUCAACGCUCUUGCAACUCGAUGCUCAAAUUCUAGUACUGCCUCAGGACAAAGAAGAAAGCGACCAGCAGUGGGGAAUGCAGCACCCAGUGCAUCACUGGUGAAUCUGAGACCCAGAAGAAAGAGAAAGAUUACACAAGAUGAGGAUAGCAGUAUAUCAGCCACAACCAACGGGUCCACCUCCAAGAGGACUAAAAGCAGAGCUCUCAAGUCCCUUCGAGCACAUGUGGCCCCCAAGCAACAAGCUCAGGUCCAGCCCCAGCAACCUGCAGGGCCAGCUACCACCACUACAGCUCAUGUAGAUGUGGCUUGCACCGUGAAGAUAAGAGAUGAUGUGGAUGGUCACCUUAUCUACCACAAGGGAGAUCAUGUAGACUCGAGAUAUGUUAUUCUAAGGACUCUAGGAGAGGGUACGUUUGGCAAGGUGGUCUGCUGCAAAGACAAGAUCACAGGUAAACAAGUUGCAGUCAAGAUCAUCAAGAACGUACCUAAGUACAGAGCUGCAGCCAAGAUAGAGAUUCGUGUGCUGGAACAGAUUAGAACAUUACCUGGAGAAGGGCAAGCCUUGUGUGUACGAAUGCUAGACUGGUUUGACUUCCACGGGCACAUCUGUCUCACUUUUGAAAUGCUAGGGCUCAGCGUCUUCGAUUUCCUUAAAGACAACCAAUAUCACCCUUACCCACUGUUCCAAGUGAAGCACAUCGCUUAUCAGCUCACUCAAGCAAUCAAAUAUAUGCAUAGGACGAAACUAACUCACACUGACCUCAAGCCUGAGAACAUUCUCUUUGUCAGCUCUGACUUCGGCAUUUUCUACGAUGCUCGAAAGAAACAAGAUGUCCGUGUUGUGAAGAACUCUGAUAUUCGUUUGAUUGACUUUGGCUCAGCUACAUUUGAUGAUGAGCACCACAGUACAGUAGUGUCCACGAGGCACUAUAGGGCACCAGAAGUCAUCUUAGAACUGGGAUGGAGCCACCCUUGUGACAUGUGGAGUCUGGGCUGUAUCAUGUUUGAGCUGUACAGAGGACACACACUCUUCCAGACUCAUGACAAUCUGGAGCACCUGGCCAUGAUGGAGGCCAUCUUGGGACCUCUGCCACCCAGGUUCAUCCGGGAGACGAGGAAGACCAAAUACUUUUGGCACUGUCAACUAGACUGGGAUCCAGAAAGCCCUGACGGAAAGUAUGUCAAAGAGCACUGCAGGAAACUGAAGCGCUAUAUGAUGUCCUCUGACCCAGAGACUGAGCAAUUGUUUGACCUGAUUCAGCAGAUGUUGAUUUAUGAGCCAAGACGGAGAAUCACAGCGGCAGAAGCACUUGAACAUCCUUUCUUCACAUCACUGCACAGGAACAGUCAUAUUUCUACACAAUUAAAACGUAGUAUAUCCGCACAAAGCUCUUCUAAUAGUGAAACUGAAUGAUUACAAUCAAGUGAUCCUUGAUCUCUUCAUUUUUUCGUUUUUUUUUCGUUGAAAUGUUUUUUCAGAGCAUCACCAUGUGUGUGCAGUAUUGAGUGUGUACAGUUUGUAUAAGGAAAUGCAUCAGGUUACGUGUAAUUAGAUUAUGUCUUCGUGUCUUAUUUGUGAAUCAUGUUGAUGUAUACAAUUUUGUUUAUGCACUUGUAAAAGAUGUUCAUGGUGGUGAUUCACUACAAAAAGUUA